GGUGGCACUGACUGGCACUGAUAGGUGACACUGAAAGGCAGCUCAGAUGGGCACUGUUAUGUGGCAUUGAUGUGCACUGGUAGGCACUGAUAUGUGGCAUUGAUGUGGCACUGAUGGGCACUGGCAGGUGGCAUUGAUGAGCACUGACAGCUGGCAUUGAUGGACACUAACAGGUGGCACUGCUGGGGCUAUACUGAUUAUCAGGGCACACUGAUCUGGCUCUCCACUCCUCACUGUCUGCGUGAUUGGCAUUUCCCUAUUUACAUGCGAUCAGCUGUGAUUGGACACAGCUGAUCA